AUGGAUCGCCAGAAGAAAAGAGAGCUUCGUGAUCUGAACGAGAGGGCCUGGGAAGGCGAGACCGAUGUAUUCCCUGUCAGCAAAUCCCUCGACUCGGCUCUCAAAAAGAAUACGGCUUUUAUCAAGCGCCUCCGGACUGGCAUCAGUGCUUCCGCCCUUUCUACCUUCCUGACCGAUAUCCGUACCCUUUCGCUCCACAAGUACCUAUCCGAGAUCAUAUCCGCCUGCUAUGAGGGACUAUGCAAGCUCAAGUCGCCCGGGGAGAUCGCGGCCGGCGUGGAGAUUAUCUGCGCCCUGCACCAGCGAUUCGGUCCCGCGGAGUUCACGAGGCAGAUUGGAUGGCUUCUCGGCCGGGGCAUGAGCUCCAUGGAUAAGGCGUCGCUGAAGGCUCUUCCGCAGGAGAUGCGCGAGCGGGAGGAAAAGGAGCGCUUGUCGCGACACCGGGUUCUCCUUCGCGUUGUCACGGAGCUGUGGCUUGUCGGUGUUCUUAGAACUCUGGAUGAUACCGAGCGGCCGGAAGAUGCAAGGAAGGAUGCUACAACGGGCAAGCUUCCAGAUCUGGUCCCGAUGAGGGCGAUGAAAUCUGCCGCCGCGUUGAAGGAAUUGGAGAAACAGGCUGAACCUUUCCCGCUGGAAGUACUCAAGGAUUUACUGGGCCAUGACCGCGACCAUACCAACUUGCCGCUUGCUGUCUUGUUCGUGAAAAGCUUUAGCUGGGAUAUUCUUGGUACGAAGCUUGUGGAGGACGGUCGGAAGACUGUGGAAGCCGAUGGCGCGACAUCAAGGUCUACCGGUGCGGAACAAGAAAAUGCAGAGGGUAAUGCUGAUGCUACUGCAGAGGCAGAGCCGCCAUUGGUUCCGGAGAAGACGCAGCAGCGAUUUAGAAAUAUCUUGAGUCGCUACCUAGAUGACGUCAAGGCGCAUGUGGUUCGUGACCAGAAGGCGCUGGCAUCGCAGAGCCGCCGUAAUGCUGAGGCUUACGUGAAGAGCGGCGAGAUCUUUGAGGAUCGUCAGUCAAAUUUCGAGAAGCAGUCAAAGACCCUAGAGAAGCUUGUGGCCAAUACCCAGGUGUUGUGUGAGGCCUUGGGUGCUGAGAUGCCUGAUCUGGUCGAGAAGGAGGCCGCUGAUGCUGGUGGUAGCGGUGGCAUUGGUCUGGUCAAAACUACAGAUUAUCUACGUGGUCAAGGUGAUGGCGCUGGCAUCUGGGAGGAUGAGGAGGAGCGGCGCUUCUACGAGAACUUGGUCGAUCUGAAAGGCAAGGUGCCCGCGGUCCUUCUUGAAGAUGGCAAGAAAAAGAAGGGCGAAGGUGAAGAGACCGGGAAAAAGAAGGCAGAAGGAGAUUCCGAGACUGCCGCAGAGAAGCCUGAGCCUUCAGAAGAUAGAGCUGCAGCAGAUGCCGAUGACCAGUCAAUGGCAAUUGCUAGCAAGACUGUCGGCGCCCAGGUCGAUGCUCUACUUGGAAAGCUCCCUGAGCUGCAGACUAAGGACCAGGUCGACCAGUUCGCUUUGGACUUUUGCUUUGUCAACUCCAAGGCUUCCCGCAACCGAUUGGUGAAGGCUGUCUCGGAUAUUCCGAAAGGUCGUAUUGAUCUGCUUCCUCUGUACUCGCGACUGGUGGCUACUCUUGGACAAUACUUGCCCGACAUUCCGCAGGGGUUGACCACGUAUCUCGAUGAAGAGUUCCGAAGCCUGCAGCGACGAAAGUCAAAGGAGUUCCUGGGUCAGGUACGCAUGAGCAAUGUGCGCUAUCUGGCCGAGUUGACCAAAUUUGGCGUGGUUCCUGAGCACAUCAUCUUCCACUGCUUCAGAGUUUCGCUGGAUGACUUUUCCCGCAUGAACAUCGAGAUUAUCGGUAAUCUGCUGGAAAACUGUGGUCGUUACCUGCUUCGCAACCCGGAGACAUCGCCCCGAAUGGCGUCCUUCUUGGAGACUCUAAGUCGGAAGAAGACAGUGCAGCACUUGGCUCAGCAAGAACGCAUGGUCAUUGAGAAUGCCAUCUACUAUGUCGAUCCGCCCCCAAGACCGGCCAUCCAGCAGAAGGAACGUACCCCCGUGGAGCAGUACAUUAGACGACUGAUCUAUCUCGACAUGAACAAGCGCAAUUACACCAAGAUUCUGAAAACCAUCCGCAAACUCCACUGGGAGGAGCAAGAGAUCGUCGAUAUCCUGGAGCGUGUCUUCAGCAAGCCAGUCAAGGUCAAGUACGGCAGCAUUCAUCUCCUGGCAAUCCUUGUUAGUGCUCUGUACCGCUACCACCAGGGAUUCGUGAUUGGCAUCGUCGACAAUGUGCUUGAGCAGAUUACGCUGGGUCUGGAAUUGAAUGAUUUCAAGUUCAACCAGAAGCGAAUCGCGGAAGUCAAAUACCUGGGUGAACUUUACAAUUAUAAGAUGAUUGACUCACCCGUGAUUUUCGAUACUCUGUACCGCAUCAUCACAUUCGGUCACGAAAGCGGCACCCCCGUCCCUGGGAAGAUCAGUCCACUGGACACCCCAGAUGACUUUUUCCGACUUCGUCUGGCGUGCACACUUCUUGACACGUGCGGCCACUGCUUUGAUCGAGGUUCUGCGAAGAAAAAGCUGGAUUUCUUCCUGACUUUCUUCCAGUAUUACCUAUUCACCAAGGACCCUCUGCCGAUGGAUGUCGAUUUCCUGGUUCAGGAUACGUACUCCAGUCUACGGCCCCAGUGGAAACUGGCCACCGACCCCGAAGAGGCUACCCGGAUUUUCAGCGAUGCAGUUGCCCAGAAUUACAACGUUCCGGACUCCGAGAGACCCGUUGAGCUUGACGAAGAGGAUGCGGAGAGUAGUUCGUCUGACGAGGGUCUAGAGGAUGAUGCUAUGCCGGAGAUCGAAGAUGAGCAGGAGUCUAGCGAUGAAGCCGAGGCAUCCGGUCCAUACAUCGACGCAAAUGACGAGAGCGACUUUGAAGACGAGCAUAUCGUCGUGACGCGUCAAGAAGAGGAGCGCGACCCAGAAGUCGAGGCCGAUUUCGAUCGUGAAUUCGAAAAGAUGAUGGCGGAGAGUAUGGACUCGAGACGUUUUGAGCGUAAGGGCGUAUUCGACAUUCCCUUGCCUAUGAAGCGAGUCCUUCGUGAGAACCCUGCCACUGAGUCUUCGACUGAAUCGCCCACACCGGAACCAAUGCCCACCAAGACCAUGGCUUUCUCGCUGAUGACGAAGAAGGGAAACAAGCAACAGACACGCACUAUUGAUCUUCCAUCCGAUUCUAGCUUUGCUGUUGCUAUGCGCAGUCAGCAACAAGCUGAUCGGGAAGAACAACAGCGUAUCAAGAACUUGGUUCUGAACUACGAGGCUGCGAAUGAACCCGAAGUUGCUGAGAGUUUUGAAAAGCGAAUCCCUGCCAAUCAACGGGUCGACAAGUCCGGUGCAAACCGUUCUGCUUUCCGCUCCCGCAAGCUCCAACUCAGUGAUGUGAACUGGUAA